AUGUCAAGCGUGAGCCUCCUUGUAUCAGAGGACGUCGAAGACGACGAUCUGCCUCCACCUUCCUACGAAUCUGUCACGGCUGAGUCGUAUGACAAUGAACAUCUCACGCUCUCUCACAACGAUCCGAGAUCGCGGUCGACACAAUCAUUGUUGCCCUCGCCAUCAGAUGCACAAGGUGACAGGAGAAAGCUGCUUUUGAUAUUCAUACAUGGGUUUAUGGGAGACGAAACCAGCUUCCAAAGCUUUCCUGCUCACGUACAUAGUCUUGUAGCCGCUCUACUUUCAGAGACGCAUAUCGUUCAUACAAAAAUCUAUCCGAGGUACAGAUCAAAAAAGAAGAUCGACUUCGCCCGAGAUGAUUUCAGUCGCUGGCUGAGUCCGCAUGAAGGGCCAACCACAGAUGUAAUUCUGCUGGGUCACAGCAUGGGUGGUUUGCUUUCCGCUGAGGUGGCUUUGAUACCGUCUCUCGCAGAUGGGUCUUUACGCCAUCGCUUGAUUGGCACUAUCAACUUCGACGUUCCUUUCUUGGGUAUGCAUCCUAGAGUCGUAAAGGUUGGCUUAGCCAGCAUCUUCAGCCCAGCUCCUCCCAAAUCGCCACAUGACCAUGAAAAUACGCCAUCUGGUACAAGCACGCACAGCGGUGGAGGCUAUUUUGACGACACACCAUCUGCGAGUGCUUCCUCAGCCAGCGUAAAGAGCCCACAAAGUUCGUCAUCGCCGUCUCAGUUCGACCCUAACUACAAUCCAGCUUAUAAGAAUGAUGUAAUCCUUCCGGUCAGAAAGGGGUGGGAAGGAGCUUGGUACUUUCUGAACAAGCAUUCCAGUGAUCUCAGAACAGCUACUAAGCAAUUAGUCAAGUCUCACCUAGAAUUUGGAGGUGCUAUGGCAGACUACAAUGGCCUCAAACUCCGCUAUACCCGGAUUCGAGGCCUGGAGGAGCAAAGUGAGAGAACCAGAAAAGCGGUGGUAGGUAGCUCUGUCGCUCCGCCAAGGGUGCGCUUCGUCAACUACUACACUUCCAGCACAGGUCGUCCCAAGAAACCAAGAACACCAACCUCGCCCGAAGCAUCCGUCGCGACCCCCACCUUGGCCACCAAUGUUACUGAUGUAGAUCACAAGACAACUGAUCAGGAUGAGGGAAGGUAUUCUGCUGAAUUCACAACACAAAACAACGAACUCGUGUCAAUGGACCACCUGGAACCUACUCCUAUGUCCGAAGUGGGUGGUGAUUCUUCGGACCCUGAGUCUUGGGUCGACGCAACAGAGAAUAUGGAGCUUGGCCCCUCGGAUUCAAACACAAGUACAGAUGCCACGAACCGUUCUCAUGAACUCGAACAAGACCUGGAUGUCGACACGACGCUACCAGAGAAGUCUCCUGAAGUCCCUGCUGGCGGCCUACAAUCUCUACCACCCGUGCCGGAUCCGCCUGCAAAGCCCGAGAAGCCACCAUUCUUCGCAGACAAAGAUGCGAGAAAAUUGGCCGAAAAGGAGUACGACAGAGUCUUGAGGUUGUACUUCCGAGCUCUCAAGGACCGUGAAAAGGCACUUCGAGAUCGUGAGAAGCUAGAGAAGAAGCGUGAGCGACAAGCAAUCAAAGAAGGUAAGAGAGCGGAGAAAGAGGUCAGCAAGAAUGAGAAGAGCAAGGAAAAAGAGCGCAAGAAGACUGUUGAGAGAAGAGAGACAGAUCAGGAGAACUCUCUGGCAGCCGAGCAAAAAGAAGCACAGAAGGAAACGCCUUCUGGUGAGGAGCAGAAAGCUUUCAAAGAUCGCACUUUCUGCACUCUGCCGCCGAAAGAUAACUCAGGUAUCAGAGACCCUACUUGGGUUCGAGUUAUUAUGAAAGAUGUCGAUCUGGUCGAAGCGCAUUGUGGACUGUUCUUCCCAGACCCGAACGACGACAGAUAUGAGAAGCUGAUAGGCGACGUGGGUGAGAGAGUGUGUGAAUGGGUUGGCGAGGCAGAGAGCGAGAGGGUUGCGCGAGAGUUCGAAGCACAAGAUUAA